CUACCUGAAAACAAGUUCUUGGUCAUGACGACGCCACCAACAAAUGCUCGACUGUAAAAUUUAAGUUACUAUGACGUCCUGCUAGUGUCUUUUAAAGAAAACUUUUCUUGAGGAAAUAUAUGGAAAGAUGGCUGUUCUAAAUUACCUGUACCCAAGUCCACUACGAGAUGCGCUGAUGUUUUUAUUUGACUUGGCAUGGCACCAACUUCACACUCUUGCAUUUGUCACAUUCACAAGUUCCUUGUUGAUACCCGAAAACUAAGUUAAAUGUCGUAAUUGUUUACACACUGAACUAAUGUCUGAAGUAGUGCCUUUCAGUGUUAGUAGCUAUACUGAUCUUGCUACAAAUCUGUCCUCAGCAUUGAUGUUUCUCUUUGAGUUUGCUUGGAGGAUUCGUUUCCGCUUACCAAGCUUGAUCACAGUCACAUUCCUUGCACUUGACAUCAGGGUUAGAGUUGAAAUUGAACUACAGAACAUGCCAUAACAUGUAGGGUAUAGCCAUAGCCUAAUAUCCAAGAUGAGUCGUGGUGUCAGAGACUUAAGAGACCUUAUUUGUGUGUCACGUUUGACGGUCCGUGAGAGCGAUGAGGAGAUUGUUAGUGAUGAAGAACUAAACAACUUUGAUUCUUUAUCAAUCAGCAGUGAUAGUGGAUCUGAUAACAGACAUGGCCUGAGUAAUUCUCAAGGACUCGUUGAGGGUGGCAUUUCUCCUGAUUCAGGCUUUGUUACAAAUGGUUCACCAUCUGAAGUUGCAACUAAUGCAGAAACUAAAAUUUCAAAAUCACAGAAAAGGGCAGCAAAAAGGAGGCAUAAAAAGAAGAUAUUAGAGACUUUUCCCUCUCGCCAUGACCUUCCCAAACUACCACCCCUUCCUCCAGUGCAAGGUGGAUCGGUAGACUUCACAGAGGAAUCAGUGCAGCCUGACUCAGAAUCAAGCAGAAUUGUGAAUUCAGUUGCCAAACAGAAAUCAAGAACACACAAGAAAAGUGGUAACUUUGAUGAUAUGUUAUGCUACAUGGAUGCAACACUGGUGUCGGGUUGGCUUACUCAGGCCAAUGAUGCAGUUGGAGCUCUUUACAAGUUUUGUCACACAGGAGAUACUUAUGUUCAGUUUGCGCACUUUUGGCUUAGCAGCUUUUCAGAUGUGCAAAAGAAUGAAAUAUUUGAAAUGGAAUAUGAAAUUCUCAUUGAACAGAUGAGUUUAGCGUUUUCCGUUGGGAGGGAACAGAGAAAAGUUCUGCGGUCAGAUAUCACAAGUCUCGCCUCAGCACUUUUAGUUGAAUACCCUUCGAAGUUAAUGAGUUCCAAGGGCAAUCAUUUAUUCCUGGACUACCUUGAUAUUCUUUCAUCUGAGAAGAAAGAGCAGUACAAGCACCUGUUAGCCAAUGUUCGUUGUUCCACAAAAAACAGACAGUAUGCCCAGUGGCUGCUGGCUACAAGGUCUUUUGCUCUUGUCAGUAUUUGGAGUGCAAUAACAAACUUUUACCAGAACUUAACGGGGACUGGAAACCAUUCCGGUCUGCCUCUGCCAUCUAGCAUGUCUUCUCUUGAUGCAAGUUACCAAAGGAUGUAUCAGGCAAUUAGAUUAGGGUAUGUGGAUGUACUGCACUACUUGCUUGUAGGAGGCCAUGUCAAGCCACAUCAUGUAGAUUCCCACCAGAGAAGUCUCAUCUUCACCGCUGUCAUGCACAACCAGGAAAAAGUUCUGCACUACCUUCUGACAAGGGUUCAUCCAGCAAUAAACCCGAACCAGCCAGCUGACACUGGGAACACCCCUCUCCACGCUGCAGCCAACAGUGGCAAUCUCAGUCUGGUUGUGGAGUUGCUCAAGUGUCCAUACGUUGAAGUCAGCGCUACCAACCCACAGUGUGAACAUGCUACUCCACUCCACCUUGCUGUCAUGCAUGGUCAUGAAAAGGUGGUUCAGGUGCUUGUAGAGGCCAAGGCUGACCUCGAUGCCAAGAUGGGUGACCUCACUCCAUCAGACAUUGCCCAAGACUUUGGGACGCCAGACAUGCAAAAACUGCUGACAAGCUAGUAAUGACAUUGGAGUAGCUGAAGGGAAACAACUCUGCCAGUAUAUUGUUCCCCUGGUAAAUACUAGGGAAGUGACAGCUGUUUGAAGUUAAAUGAGUUGUUUGUACUGCUAUUUUUGGGGAUAUUAAUGAUAUAUUUUUUUUUGCUGUAUACUAACACUUAUAAACCAGUUGACUAAAAAGUCAGGUUUACAUAUCUUUAUGUGAACAGAAGUGAUUGAUUAAUUGUAUCUCAUGUUUUAAGAUGUAAGAGAUGUAUGCAUUUGGUGCAUAGUAAAUUAUGUAUCUUAAUCUUUUAACCAAAAGUUGACUUCUCUCAUAAAAAAAUUAUAUGUGAACUAUCAUUCCCAAGGGAGAUAACUGUCAUGUGACUGAUUGUACAUUUACUGAAGUCUCUUGGAUGGUAUGAAUUUUCCUGUUGUCAUGACCUUUUAGUGUUAGGUAAAACGUCCUAACUAAAUCUGUGAUGUGCACAUUUAUCAAACAUACAGGUCUUUCACAGCUACCACAGAACGUUUAUGUGUUUGUGUUAUUCAGCUUAUGUUGUUUGCUUCCUUUUUAUUAUGCCCUGAACAUUUUAUGUAAAACUUUAGAUAUGAAAAUUACUACCGGAGUCAACUUACUCAUUACGUUUUAAAUGAAAAUAAGUUAUGUGUUUACUGGGAUUAUGUUGAAGGAUGUAUUUGUCUCUUUCAUUCCAUGCUAUUUUAAAUUAGUUCUACUGUUUUAUAGUUCAUCUGUCAUGCCAUGGCAUAUAAACUCUAGUAAUGUGAGAGUAUCAAUUGUUCUGUAACUUCUACUGAAUAAUAUAUUACUGUAAAAUUAUGCUUGAAUGAAAUUUUGCACUUUGGAUGUGCAGUAAGAAUAAAAACAGAUAAGGGUCCUAACUAAAACAAAUAUAUUUUCCACCACAUACUAUUUAGCCAGAUUUUAUUAUGAUUAACUUAGAUGGGGUGGUUAAAUAAGCAAGUUUGUCAACUUAGCAGGAGCUUGAAUGUGAAAUGUAUUCAGGAUUCUGUGGCAUUGAGAGACAAGCUUGUAAGCAUGACCAAACAGACAUGGUUGAGAUAAGAGAGACAACUCUGUACUGACUACAGAACAAGAAAUAAGACUGGCUGCUAGUUGGGUCCAAGGUGAAGAACUAAACCUAAGUUUUGUAACUGUACUGUCGGGGCAUCCUAAACUGAAUCUCAUGAUGUAGUAAGUCCUAGGAUUGAGUUGAGAGAAAUAGUAUGUGUAUUUAACAGUGAUGAAGCAAGUAGAUUAGUUUUGUGAGGUGUUAUUGUGUAUUUAUAAGCAAA